GGACUAAUAGUAUGCUCACUAAAACACAUAACCUGUAGACGAUUAUGUCAUAGAGUCGUUAACGUAGCUCUAACAGGUCUCUGAAUAUAGAUUAACAAAGGUUUUUGCGAUCUUGUUUUUUUUUUCCAAGCCAUUAGCACUCGCAAAGUUUGCUGCAUGCAGAAGUGGGAGUAUUGUUACCCGCGGCGCGUGAGCGGCCACGGCCAUAGUAGUUUGUUGGUUUGUUUGUUUGUCUGUUGUGACAUCUGCUCACCUGGCUGCCAUAAGCACUGCGUUUACUGCAUGCAUGGAUAGCCUCCACACAACAAGUUAUUAGUUAUGCCUUAAAGCGUAGCCGCAUGAGGGAUACGGUAAAGCUGACUGUGUGUGUGUGUGUGUGCUUAUUCCAGUCGUAACUGCUCAACGGUUGCAACGCGACAAAAAGUAAGCGUUAUAGGCGUCUAGUCACGUUCUUGAUUGAAUUGAAUUUGCAAGCUAAAGCUUUGUUCUCCAGUUAUGCCUAAUGUGGAUGCCAUCCAUGCAAUAAACGUAAUGUGUUUGUGUCGCAAGCGAGGUAUACGGUAGUGUGUUUGUGUGUGUGUGUCUGUGCAGACUGCUACAGCUGCACUAAGAGUUUCUGUAGUAUAUGCUUCUAGUUAUGUUUUCUUGCUUGGUUUUCUCGAGUUUUUUGCUUACUUGGAAUGCCAUUGCAGUCUUUUCAGAAAAGUGCGUAGCAAAACUUGUCCAUGGAGUUUUGCUACUCUACUUAGUAUAGUUACCUCUGCACUAGAACGCUAGCUAUUGAAUCUAUAUAUAUACAGAUCUUGCAUUUCAUUGAUUCUUGAGCAGCUGCAGCAGUCUACACAGACACACACACACACAAACACACUACCGUAUACCUCGCUUGCUCAUGCGCACAAAGACAUAAUUACCUCUCUAUAACACUAAAUUAAAAUAAUCUUAGUUUUGAGCAAAAGCAAAGCAUGGCGAGAAGCAUUAGUGCAGUGUAGCUUGCAGCAGUAAUUUUAAUAGUAGUAGAUUUCGAUGUUUGGUUCCUGUUAUUAGUUUGCUGUGCUGUCCAACUCACUGUACUACUGUAUACAUAUUAUCACUGCUAUGGUAUAUCGUGUCACCAGCCGAGGGUUAGCACUUUAGUGCUCUAUAGUUAUGUCUUGCUAUUGUUGUGUAUAUGUAUACAACGAAGCGUAGUAUGUAUGUAUGUUUGUGCGAUGUUUGUAUGUAUGUGUCGUACGUCGCUCGGUUGAAUCAAGCAAAACUUACGCUCUUUAUACUCAAAGGAAAUUGUUUGGUUGAUCUACGUGCAUCAAUCUAUGCUCGCUUCGCUCGCCUUCAAUGUUCUCUAGUAAAAGUGAUUUGCAUAUUGGUGUUUUCUGCGUGCAUGUUUGUCAUAUUCUUGUGGAACUUGUGGGUUCCUCCAUAAUUCUUACCACUGAUCUACUGAUUAGAUAAACAAAGGCUAUUGCUGUUUUGGGGCAUUUCUUUAGGUAGCUAUACACUCACUGUAAGAGCAAUGGCUAGUUGUGAGCAAGGAACUAUAGAGCAAGCUUCCCUUCAUAAAACUCCUGCUCCAGAUGCCAGCAGAGAUGCCACUGAAGCCACACCACUCGUGACAAGUAAUGAAGGCAAAAAGAAAAGUGUGCUAAUCAAGUCGAAGGCUGCAAUAAUGAUUCUGUGUUGGACUGUCUUAAUGUCGUUGAUCUAUGGUAGUUUUCUGAACCCUGAAGUUUACUUGUUCGUAUUUGUUACACCCCAAUUUGGUUUGGAGACUAUUGAGAUAAUUGUAGUUACUUGCACAUAUGCUGCAACUGCUUUCUGGCUCCUAUUCUAUCCUCUAGCCGGAUACUGUGCAGAUAUUCGAUAUGGCAGAUAUAAAGUUGUGAGAUGUGGUGUGUUUACCACAUGGUGUGGACUCUUGACUGUGACUGUUAUCGGUGGUAUUGUGAACGCUAUUGCUUGGCCACUGAUAUUAUCUAGUGGAAAUGACGCCUUCUACACAGCUCUAUGGGCUUUUUUCGGGUUAGCGAUGGGUGUACUUGGACUUUUUCUGCUUAUAUCCAUUUGGAUUGCAUUUGCUGGAUUUUUAGCCAAUGUUAUUCAGUUUGGGGUUGACCAAUUACCUUCUAGAGACAGCUUUCUUUUCAUUCACUGGUUUCUCUUCACACUCUAUAUUGGAAUAAGCUUUGGGAAACUGGUAUGGAGUGCAGCUUAUGCCUCUGGUCUCAUAAGCCUUUUUUUAUUUGGAGUUGUCUUGUUAGUUGUACUAGUUUGUGUACCAGUAACAUUCUGUGUUGCUAAGCGCAGGUGGUUUGUUACUGAUACUGGCACUGGUAAUCCUUACAAAGAGGUUGCAAGAGUUGUCGGCUUUGCAAGAAGAAACAAGAUUCCUAUUCAACGCAAUGCCUUUACAGUCUUGGAGGAUGACAUACCCACUGGACUAGAUCUAGGCAAGGACAAGUAUGGAGGACCAUUCACUACCGAGCAGGUGGAGAAUGUGAAAUCAUUUUUUGGAAUUGUUGUCAUUUUACUUUCAAUUGGACCAUUCUUUACGGCUGAUAUUGCUGCAGCACCUUUUCUUAGUAUUCUGAGGAAUCAUAUGGAGGCAGAAGGCCCCUUUUACAUGCCUGAUAAUAGGGUAAAAUACAUUUUUUACUCGAUCUUCACUAAUGGUGGCACUCUGUACCCUGUUUUUAUUGUUGUUUUUGUUCCUAUUUUUCUCAAGUUUAUUUAUCCUCUGUUUCAAAAGUACUCUCUUGGUAUUCUGAGGCGAAUUGGAAUUGGUCUUUGUCUCAUCACUGUUAGUCUAUUUUGCUCACUGUUUGUGGACACCGUUGGUCACCUUCUCCCUAGUGGCCAUAGUGCUGGCUCACUGUUUGGUCCUCAGAUUUAUUAUAAUUUUAACUACACAACAAAUAAUGACACUCUUGUUGAUCAAACCCUUCAUCUCAGCCCCUUCAUUCUCAUUAUUCAGCAAGUCCUUGUUGCUGUGGCCUAUGUAUUUAUCUAUGAUGGAGUGUUUGAAUUCAUCUGUUCUCAAAGCCCUCACUCUAUGAAAGGAUUUCUCAUUGGAAUUUUGUUUGCUAGUAAAGGACUUUUUCAGUUGAUUGGUGUUCUUGGAGUUCUUUUGCCGUUUAGUUUCUGGCAGACCUCCCCUAGAGCUGGACUGGUUUAUUUCCUGGUGAACAUUCUUAUUUCAGUCGCAGGUGUUGUGGUUUUUAUAAUAGCAGCAAAGAGGUAUCAGUAUCGGCAACGUGAUGAACUUUGUAAUGUGAGGAAAUACAUCAAAGAAGUUUACGAGAAGGAUGUUAAUCAUGCACAAUCGUGAAUUUGAAUUUAAGAUCUAGAUGUUCACUUUGAGAGUAAUUCUGACUCAGAGACCCAAUGACUGCAUGUGUAGUAGCGAGAUAUUUAGGUUUGGUGAAUAAUUAUUGUUGUUGAAAUAGGAUUGUUAUAAUUUAGUAGUGACCUUUUAAAUUACUCCUCCCCUUGAGACAACUUCAGUAUAGUGAUAGCAAGGUAGUCAACAAUAAUUAUUGUCUAGAAUACUAUUCCAUUGUACCUCAUUGUUGGCAAGAGCUCCACCGUUAAUGCCCUCAUUCAGUGCAAGAAGGUCUGCCAUGCACUCUAGGGAGGAUUAAUUGUGUAACUGUGCCAUAGGGUUUAAUACAAGAUAUUUAGCUGGUAGUAUAUAAUUAUAAUGGGGGAAAUGCUUAAAUGAGGAGUCCUCUCCCGGAAAUAGUCGUGAGAGAGUUAGCAAGAAUCAAAGCUAUGUUUCUCGGAUAAUAACAUAUUUUGAUAUAAAUUCCCAAAUUUCUAUAUAGAGGGGGACUCUUGGGCUGGAAGGGAAAUCCCAGGACACCCCCCACCUCCACUCUCUUUGAAACCCUGUUUGGGAAUGUUACCCCAUUCAUGCGCAGAACACAGCAGGGGUAGAAUGAUCGGUGUGUGUUGGUGGGGGCACAAAAAUGAGCUGUUGAGCGAACUAGACACUUUCAUAGACUGCUAGCCCAGGGAAAAGAGGGCCUGGUAUAUACCCAUUGUUUGCGCGUGGGUGGAUCACUGCAGUAUACUGACUAAGAUAUCUCAAUCCCCAAGAUUCUUGGUUAUAGCAGGUAAUUCUAAUUAAAGAACAAUUUUCGUGGUAGAAUUCUAACCCACGAAAUCCGCGAAAAUUAAGCCCCUUAAAAAUUUCGCGCUAUACGGUAGAUGCGAAAAAAAUGAUGGUAGUUUUGCUCUGCUUUUCAGUGGCUGGAAUUACAAUAAUUAUUGUAUAGUAACUGCCAUGCAUUAUUAACCCGAGGCGCGUGGGCGGCCACGGGUAUAGUAGUCUGUUGGUUUGUUACCCGAGGCGCGCGUGGGCGGCCACAGGUAUAGUAGCUCAGUAGUCGGUUGGUGCUUUUCUACUCACCUGGAUGCCACAGCACUGCGUUUACAGCAUGGAUAGCCUUCACACAACAAUAUCUUGAUUUAAAUAGUGGCAGAUUUUGAUGUUAAAGCUUCUUUGUCGAGCAAAAGCUAAGAAGCUUGAACAAGCUUGUGACUAGGUCUGCUUACCUGGAUGUUCUAGCACUGCGUUUACAGCAUGAGUAGCUUCCACACAACAAGUUAGUACUUUGGCUUUUGGUGUUAAAGCUUCGUUGUCUAAUAAAAGCGAGCAAAAUGUACGUAGCUUGAACAGAACUUGCACAUGCGUUACUUAUAACUGAAGUGAUCCUGUACCAAGAAUGAUGGAACAGGGUCACUAAAGUAGAAAGCUGUAUAUACCAAGAACAAUGGAACAGGGUCACUAAAGCAGAAAGCUUGAAUUAUAGCUCCUGCUUUUAGCUGACUGGGAUUAGGACCUGGAGCCAUACUUCUCUGAGACUCCAGGCUUCUUUGCUGUGAUCCUAAUCCACAGUGCAUAUUAUCUAUAGUACUACUACCUGUUCUCAAAUGUUUCAGCAUGCCUCCAGUCUGGUUUAGUUUUAUUGCUCCUGAGUUGCUGUGCAAGUCAUGCAUGAUGAUGAUAACAACAUCACUAUAAUUAUGCACUGCAUUAUAUCAGUCUUCUGGUUUCUUUAUAAUCAUGUCACCAGCCGAGGGUUUGCACUUUAGUGCUCUAGUUAUGCUGUCUAGCAUAAUAAUGCAUAACUGUCUUAUGAUUGGAUGGGAGAUGGGAUCUUCACUCUAUUUUUGUAUGCCAUAUACAGAACUGACCACAGUGCAAUAUGCUAUAUAUUGGCACUGCAUUUCCUUUGAUUUCAGAGGUCAAACGGCAACAAGAAUGGAAAAAAUGUUUAGUGCAGUGGCCUUUACAAUUGGUGUCCUGCCAUUCUCUGUAGUGAUCGAACAAGUGUUACCAUUCAGGAUGUUUAUUGUUUCAAAACAGUUUAUCAUCAUGAGUAUUCAAUAUGUCAAACAAAUUCUUCUUGCUUUUCUGAAUCAUGGACACCACAAGGUUUCUUUGAACUUUUUAGCAUCACCAGCUUAAUUUGAUCUCCGAAAAAGUAUUGGUUAUUGCUCUGAUAAUUUCUUUGAUCCAGGGAAUUUUUCGUUUAAGGGUGGGCGCACAUAGUAACAAAUUGACAUAACUUAACCACAAAAAUGCAACGUUUAGAUCACGUGUGCAAUCUGAGACUUGCACUCAAUUUCAAUGCAUACGCUAGUAUACCGUAAGACCUCGAUUUAAGGCAACCCUCCAAAUGUGCGACACCCAGGAGCUUCAGCAAUUUUCUGACCUCUAAAAAUAGCGACAGCUGCGUUGACAAUUAUUUUUUAAUGUCGCAUUCUAAAUAGAGGUAAAUGUAGCCACUCCCUAGCCUCGAUUGUAACCCACUGGAAAAUAGUGUUUUUAAGCGACCUGAAAUCGAGGCAAGUGGACUCUGUAAAGUUACCUCUAAUUAGAUGCGACCUUCUAAAUAUGCAACACCAGGACUUCAAUAUAAUUUUUCAACCUCCAAAAGAAGCGACCUCUGGCUUCGUAAUUAUUAAAAAAAAGUGUCGCUUUAAAUCGAGGUCUUACGGUAGUAGUAACCACAAGUAACAACAUUGUGGUUUGGUGAGAAUGUCUUCAAUUAAAUUAACUACAAGCUGCAAAAAAAUCAGGUAGCUACACAAACAAUAACAAAAUAACACAAUUCACAUAAAUACAGAGCCAGAUUUGUAGCAAAGGAGUGCCUUCAGUAGUAGAUGGGACAAACGCAAGUAUGCCAACAGACCCCAGUCUCGGUACAAUCAGCACGAGUGUCCAAGUUCCUGAACUAGCAUUAGUCGCACAGCAGGUUGGUUGUCUCUUGAUGUUAAUACACUGUCUUCAUUUGUGUCGAGUGGAGGCGUUUCUCUUCAGUGCUUUGGACAUUGUACUAUCCACGAUUUGAGCUGUUCAUGGCAACAAUACUAUCCAUGGCAGUGUUGUCCUUUCUCCUCAAUGGCCACCUGCACGUUGAUACGUUCAGUUGAAUGGCUGGUUGGGUCUUCCACCAUGUUCCAUCACACAAUGGCAUCGCAUCCUUCAGAAGCUGGAGAUCCAUGCCACCAAGUUAGCAGAAUGGUCCUGUGGUCAGGUACGAAAAAAUGUUGUGAACAGGGGUGAUGACAAAAAAUGGGUUGGUUCCUAUGAUGGAUUCUAUAUACCUAACCCGGGGCCACUACAUAAUUAUUCACUGUACAUGCACAUGUAUUGUCCAGAUGAAGAAAAAUGGGGACAGUCACCUUGCUGGCAAAAAAACUUGGGAUGUAGGACCUAUACUUACACACGAUAGAACUUGUCUGGAAGGUUGGCAAACUGUGUUAUAUUAUGAUCAUACUCAUGCACAGGAGCUCAUAGGGCAUUUCCAGAUGUCCUGGCGAUGGAGGCAGUUAUGACACACCAUGCACUGAUCAGCUGCCUCCCCAACCUCCCUAUUCGGUCUGCUAAGAAGCAGAUGGAGCUAUGGACCUCACAAAAGUAGAGGUUCCACCGAUUUGAUGCCCUCAUCAGGUCUCUGGGGAAGCCAAGCAUUACUGCAGCCCAGGCAAAGAGACUGGUCCAACUUGGCCUUGAGCACAGCGCUCUGGUGACACUGAGGUCCAAAAGUGGUACUCCAGAGGCUUUUAUGGAAGCUCUGAAGGGGAAGGGAGUGAUAAAAGUUUUCUGUACUCUACGUACGCGAAUUGGGGCAUGGUCUUACAGGCUUACGCUUAAUUUAUAUUCUAGCGUACGCGUAUAUAUAAAAAGUGUUCGAUCAGCCAAAGUACAUACAGGACUUGGUCUAUAUUUAGCGUGCUGCUAUAAUUACGUAAGGUGAACAAAGUUGCACUGUAAAAAAAAGAAAUGACCCAUUUUUGGUUACUUGAAUUGCAUUUGGGUGCAAUUUUGCAAUUCAAGAAUGGGUCAUUCCAAACCAUUUUUUCGCAUGCAUGCAGCUAGCCUGCUGGAAAAAGCUAUUACCUUUUUUUUAGGCAGAGCUUUUCUUGCUCCAUGAAUAGCUAAGUUGGUGCCACAACAAGUUACAAGUUGUCAUAAACAGCUAUACUCGUAGGAUAUGAGUUUACCUUUUUUUUUUUUAGUAAAUUGUGUCUGCUGUUAUGUUACCACCCCAGAAAACCUAAGCUAUCUACGGCCCUAUUGUUUUCUGAUAACUCUUUCUUUGAGUGGACAGUCUUUUUUCAGAACGAGGAAUAAACCUGAAUUGGCCAGUUCAGGUAUGGAAGUAGAGUUCUCUACACUGUUCAGCCUUGAAACAAGCACCAAAUCAAUGGUCGAUGAGUGGACUGUGCCCGAAAAACGAGUGACAAUUUGUGAUAACGAAAAGUUACACAAACAUUUUAACAAGUGUGCAUACAUGUAAUGUGAAGGAUAGAAACUAACUUGAAGUCACUUAAAUCCGAUAGACAAGACUGAUUUAUAGUAAGUAAGUAAUGCGUCUGAGAAAGUAUCAAAAAUAGAAUAUCUUGAGGACGGUGGACGAUAAAAGACACCAAGACAUAAUUUGAGGUGAUCUCUGAUUAAAGUGACAAGCCCAAAUUCAAGACCACGAGGUCCUGAAAGUAAAAUACUAAACGAAUGCUAUAUAUUGUGAAUUUCAUAGCAUUCCUGUUCUAUCUAAUCUAAUAACAUUGUAGUUAGGAAUGUGCAACUCAUUAUCUAUACUACACAACCAUGUUUCUACUAGACAAAUAACAUCCGGGCAGUGGGUAGCCUCGAUCCCAGGCCGCACUUCCCACUUCACUUAGGGAAGUGGGCCUGGUAUCGACUGCUUGCGCAUGCGCUAAUAUCCCCCCAGUAUCUGGGGGCUUUGGAUAACAUCGGAUCCACAGCGGCAAAACGGAUACAAUAACUUUUUACUGUAAUGUCCUUAUAUUAUAAUAAUAAUUUUUAUUAUUAUCAUUAUGGAGAAUGAUCGUGAAUCGGGAUAAUGACGUGAAUCAAUAAAGCAGUCCAAUGAAAGUGUCUAGUUUGCUCAUUUUUGUGUCCACACACAUCAUUUACUCUACUCUACCCCUGCUGCGUGGGCAGGGUAAUGAUUUGGUGUUUUCUGGGUGCAUGUUGUAGGGCUCCUCUAUAAUUCUAUUAUUCUUGCCACAAUAAUUUUUAUUGAAUUAUUAGCUUUUACUUGUUCAUGCAGUGAGCAAUAACUGGGCAUUUCUUUAGAUAGCUAUCCGACUCACUAUAAGAACAAUGGCUAGUUGUGAGCAAGGAACUAUAGAGCAAGCUUCCCUUCAUGAAACUCCUGCACCAGAUGCUAGCAGAGAUGCCACUGAAGCAACACCACUCGUGACAAGUAAUCACAGGAAAUAUGGCAACAAGAAAAGUGUACUAAUCAAGUCAAAGGCUGCAAUAAUGAUUCUCUGUUGGACUGCAUUAAUGUCUUUCAUAUAUGGUUUCUUGCUGAAUCCUGAAAAUUAUUUCUUAUUCACUAACCUAUUGAUGAAAAUACCUAUAUUUUUCUCACCAAUAUUUACCAGUGAGAUGGUAGAUAGUUGCAUAUAUGCUGUAUUUGCUUUCUGGCUUCUCUUCUAUCCUCUAGCUGGAUACUUGGCAGAUGUUCGAUAUGGCAGAUAUAAAGUUGUGAGGUGUGGUGUGUGUACCACGUGGUGUGGACUCUUGACUUUUGUUCUUAUCGGUGGUAUUGUGAACGCCAUUAUUUUACCAAUUAUGUUUACUACAACUAUUGAUUCCUUUGAUUCCAUAUUUUUAUCACUUGUAGUAGUGAUUGGUAUACUUGGACUUUUUCUAAUUAUCUCCUUCUUGAUUGCAUUUGCUGCAUUUUUAGCCAAUGUUAUUCAGUUUGGGGUUGAACAAUUAAAUGAUUCUCCUUCUAGAGACAGCUUUCUCUUCGUUCACUGGUUUCUCUUCACACUAUAUAUUGGAAUAAGCGUUGGAAAACUUGUAUGGAGUGCAGCUUAUGCCACUAAUUUCUUAAACCUUUCCCUAUUUCUACUUGUCGUAUUAGUUGAGCUUAUUUGUUUACCUGCAACUUUCUGUGUUGCUAAGCGCAGGUGGUUUGUUAUUGACACUGGCAUUGAUAAUCCUUACAAAGAGGUUGCAAAAGUUGUCAACUUUGCAAGAAGAAACAAGAUUCCUAUUCAACGCAGUGCCUUUACAUUCUGGGAGGAUAACAUACCCACUGGACUGGAUCUAGGCAAGGACAAGUAUGGAGGACCAUUCACUACCGAGCAGGUGGAGAAUGUGAAAUCAUUUUUUGGAAUCGUUGUCCUUUUAUUUUCAAUUGGACCAUUCUUUACGGCUGAUAUUGCUGCAGCGCCAUUUCUCAGUAUACUGAAAGAUCACAUGAAAGCAGAGCCUAACAUUUGGCCACCUGAUAUUAGUGUAAGCAACAUUGUUGACUCUAUAUUCACUAAUGGUGGCACUCUGUACCCCGUCUUUAUUAUUCUUUUUGUUCCUAUUUUUCUCAAAUUUAUUCAUCCUCUUUUUCAAAAAUACUUCCCUGGUAUUUUGAGGCGAAUUGGAAUUGGUCUUUGUCUCAUAACUGUCAGUCUGUUUUGCUCACUGUUUGUUGAUACAAUUGGUCACCUUCUCCCUAGCGGCCGCAAUGCUACUUCAGUGUUUGCUCCUGGACAAAAUAAUUAUUACAAUGAAUUUGAUCCUACUCUCUCCCUUAAUGUCUCCCCAUACUUUCUCUUUAUUCAGCAAGUCCUUAUUGCUGUGGCCUAUGUAUUUAUCUAUGGUGGAGUGUUUGAAUUCAUAUGUGCUCAAAGCCCUCACUCUAUGAAAGGAUUUCUCAUUGGAAUUUUUUUUGCCAUUAAAGGACUAUUUCAGUUGAUUGGUAUUCUUGGAAUUCUUCUACCGUUUAGUAUCUGGCAAGACUCCCCUCGAGCUGGACUGGUUUAUUUCCUGAUGAACAUUGUGAUCUCAGUCGCAGGUGUUGUGGUUUUCGUAGUAGCAGCAAAGAGGUAUCAGUAUCGACAACGUGAUGAACUUUGUAAUGUAAGAAAAUACAUUGAAGAUUUUUACGAGAAAGAUGUGAGUCAUAAUCGUGACUUCGAAGAUUUAGAUGUUCACUUUGAGAGCGAUUCUGACUCAGACACCCAAUGAAUGCAUGUAUAUCAAGUGUAGUGAAAAUAACAGUAUGCGGAUAGAAUUAUACGUAUAGUUGCGUUAGUUUAUAUUACGUGUAUAACGUAUAUUUAUGUUGUGUCUAUAGUAUAGUAGUGAUUUACCCUCUACCUUGAGGCAAACA